GGUACCAUACCAUACCUUUACCAGAAGAAGAGAGAGAAAGCUUCAGAGCUUCACAUUGACGAUCACAAAAGCUCAAAUCUUUCAAGUAAAAAUUCAAUCUUUUUCCUCAAACAUUUCUUCUUUUUGGUUUAUAAUCACUACACAUUUCAUAAUCCAGAUGGGUCUUCCUCCCCAUGAAGCAAUCAACCAGUUCAAGGAGUUGAUGGACCAAGUUGAUGAGCCUCUUAAAAGAACAUUCAAGAACGUUCAUCAGGGAUACGUAGUCGAAACUUUGGAGAGAUUUCUUAAAGCAAGAGAAGGAAAUGUUACAAAAGCCCACAAGAUGUUGGUGGAUAGCUUACAGUGGAGGCUGCAAAAUGGGAUAGAUGACAUUUUAGCUAAACCGAUUAUUCCUGCUAAUUUCUACAGAGGAGUUCGUGAUUCGCAGCUGAUAGGACUGUCUGGUUACACAAGAGAGGGCCUUCCCGUGUUUGCUAUCGGUGCAGGCCUCAGCACAUUCGACAAAGCAUCUAUCCAUUAUUAUGUGCAAUCACACAUUCAAAUAAAUGAAUAUCGGGAUCGUGUGAUACUGCCGGCUGCAACUAAAAGGAAUGGAAAGUAUAUUGGCAAGUGUGUGAAGGUUUUAGAUAUGAGUGGCCUAAAGCUUUCUGCACUGAACCAGAUUAAGCUGCUGACAACAAUCUCUACUGUUGAUGAUCUCAACUACCCGGAGAAAACUAUCACGUAUUAUAUAGUAAACGUCCCCUACAUAUUCUCAGCUUGUUGGAAGGUUGUGAAACCGCUGUUGCAAGAGAGAACAAAGUUAAAAAUACGAGUGUUGCAAGGUGGAGGUCGUGACGAGCUGUUAAAGAUAAUGGACUACCCUUCACUCCCUCAUUUCUGCCGAAGAGAUGGGUCUGGAUCCGGGUCCGGUUCUGGGUCAGGAGCGGGCAAUUCGAAUGAUAAUUGCUACUCGUUGGACCAUCCAUUUCAUCAAGAACUUUACAACUACAUGAAGGAGCUAUCAGGGAUUGAUGAACCAAAAGAGCCAACAAAGCAAGGAUCGAUCCACGUGGAAGUGCCAAUGGGGGACCACGAAGGCGUAGAGUUACACAGAACGUUGGAAUCGGAGCUGAUGAAGCUCAGAACCCGAAAGAGCCUAUCUGGGUCUUUAGAGAAAGUCAAGAUCAGUGAUUAAAGAUAUAAUUAUGAAGACGAGUGAUUAGUAGUGUGACUAUGUGGUGUUGUUUAGUCAUUAGUUGCUCAUUAUGCGGAUGUAUUUGUAUUAGAUCUACAUGCAUCAUGUAUCAUCUAUGGUCCAUUUAGGUAGUAGGAGUUGCAAUAGAGAUGCUUUAGUAAUGGACAUAAAUAGAAGGUUCAUGUUAACGAACUCUGUAAUGUAUCAAUCCUGUAUGUGUUUUAGUAAGUUGUUUAGUCUUUUGGGCUGCUGAACUAUUGA